AUGUCUAGCGUUUUCCCCGUUCGUGGUCAGCCCGAUAGUGAUCGGGAUUACCGUCAUCCUCGGACCAGGGCGGAGCGUGUGCUCAAGCGAGAUCCUAACAAGGGUCGUCGCGCGACCGCGGAGCCCGCGGGGUCCAUUCUAGCCUCACCCGGCCAACAGAGCAUGACCAUCGAGGAUGAGUGGGCCCUUUUGCCUCCUUUGAACGAGGUUAUUGAGGCGGUCGAUACCUUCACCUGUCACUACUUUCAGCUCGGCUUUAUCCCGAAGCAACGUUUUCCCGAACGCCUUGCGCAGGAUCACCUUUCCAUCAACAUGGGAAUUGCUAUUAGGAUGGCUAUCUUGAUGCAGCUCCAUCGAGAAGAGACGUACAAUUCAGAAAACCGCUCGUUUGACGACAUCAUCCGAGCUGAAUCCGCGCGUCGCACCUUGGUAAGGUUUACCUCUGUCGCGGUUUCGUGGAUGCUUCACAGUCAAGACAACCUUCACUCCGGCCCGGUAUCCCCUGUAUCGCUCUCGGCGAGUGACAUCACUACCCUCCUCCCCUGCGAUGAAGAUAGCUUCGCAAAUGGCAAGAUUCCCGAGUCGCGCGCCGCGCUCGAAGAUACCCCUCCUGCUAUUGAAAACCCCGAUCUCCUCAUCGAUCCCAACCGCUCGCUUUUUGCAUCGCUUAUACAAAUCCAUUACUACUGGGGCUCCAUCGCCCGUCGAGCCAUGGAGCGUAAGAGGCAUUUCCCACGGUACCGGGAUCCGGGGAGUGAGUUUGGAAGGUGGGUGGACAAGCUCAGGUCAUGGGAAGAAAAUCUCCCUAAAGACCACACUUGGAGUCCGAUGAUGUUGAGAGGCUACAAAACUGACCGGCAGAAUCUGGCGUAUCUCGGCGUGACGAUGAUGACGAGACUCUGUAAUAUAGUCCUGCGCAGGGGCACUUACAUAGUUUGCCCGGACCAAAGCAUCUCCAUAAAGGGUCUCACCAUGCUUCAUCGUACCAUGGAAAUCCUCGACGAAUGCAAAAACACCUGGCCGCUAGCCUCUCGGUGGCUUGAAGCGCUUGAAGCGCUUGAGAAAUCAUCCCGCGACCCGAAGGGUCCUCUAUCGUUGCCUUCGAAGGAAGCAUGGCGGAUGGGUCAUAUUCUCGAGGCUGGCCCCACCACCCCGCAAAGCACCCAGGACAUGUAUGACCCCUCGGGUGCCUAUUACUCGCCCGCAACGACGACCUUCGGCCCCGGUAACGACGGAUUCGAGGCCGAAUUGCAGUUCUAUCUUGAUGGAGAGCAGGCCUGGCCUGGCACCAACGCACUCUUCUCUCUCUACGAUACCGCCUAA